AUGGUUGCUGGCAAUGUACAACGAAAAGAGUCUAAUAAUAAUAAUAAUAAUAAUAAUAAUAAUAAUAAUAAUAAUAAUAAUAAUAAUAAUAAUAAUAAUAAUAAUAAUAAUAAUAAUAAUAAUAAUAAUAAUAAUAAUAAAAAUAAUAAUAAUAAUAAUAAUAAUAAUAAUAAUAAUAAUAAUAAUAAUAAUAAUAAUAAUAAUAAUAAUAAUAAUAAUAAUAAUAAUAAUAAUAAUAAUAAUAAUAAUAAUAAUAAUAAUAAUAAUAAUAAUAAUAAUAAUAAUAAUAAUAAUAAUAAUAAUAAUAAUAAUAAUAAUAAUAAUAAUAAUAAUAAUAUAAUAAUAAUAAUAAUAAUAAUAAUAAUAAUAAUAAUAUAA